AUGGAAGAAAAAGAAACCAGAGAUGAGAUGCCACCGAACAGGCCAAGCGCCGACGUGGAAAAGACAUCUUCCGACGAUGCCGAUAACGAAAAGAUAUAUCCUCCAAAGAAAGUCGUCCUACCAACAAUGCUAGCUCUCUUCCUCGUAUUCUUCCUCGUCGCACUGGACCGCACCAUCAUCGGCACAGCCAUCCCAACAAUCUCCGCCGAAUUCGACAGCUUCGGCGACAUCGCGUGGUACGAAUCAGCCUUCCUCCUCCCCCUCUGCGUCUUCCAGCUCUCCUUCGGUCUCGUCUUCAAAUACUACUCCACCAAAUGGGUUCUCUUCAUCUUAACCGCCAUAUUCGAAAUUGGAUCGAUUGUUUGUGCAGCUGCACCUAACUCCAAUGCUUUGAUCGUUGGAAGAGCUAUCACUGGUAUUGGAGGUGCAGGUAUUGGCUCUGGUGUGUUUAUCUACAUCACGCUGCUGUUUCCAUUAGAGGAGAGACCGAAGUAUCUCGGAUCUCUUGGGUCUGCGUUUGGAAUAUCGUCGAUCUUGGGACCGAUUCUCGGGGGGUAUCUUACAUCUGUUACAUGGCGGUGGUGCUUUUGGAUCAACGUUCCUAUCGGUGGACUUUCGCUCAUUCUUCUUUUUAUCUUGGCGCCGAACAGACCACCACCAAGCGAACCAGCUAAGUCAUGGCGUCAGAAACUCCUCGAUCUCGAUCCACUCGGAUUUCUUAUGGUUGCUGGAUCAGUCGUCAGCCUUCUCUUCGCACUCGAGUUUGGAAAAGAGAACCAGCAGUGGACAAGCGGACGAGUCAUCGCUCUUUUCGUCGUCUUUGGAAUCUUGUUCCUCAUUUUCGCUGGCUACCAAGCUUGGCGCAAAGAAAAGGCGACAGUACCACCAAGAAUUCUCUUCCAACGAACCACAUUCUUUGCCUGCCUGAAUGCCCUGGCUAUUGGUUCAGUACUGGUUAUCUACUCGUUUUACCUUCCCGUUUGGUUCCAGGUGGUCAAGGGUAAGUCACCGCAAGACUCAGGUAUAGCUCUGAUACCGUUACUACUUAGCAAUGUGUUCUGUGUUAUUCUUGGCGGUGUUUUGGUCAGCAAGAUUGGAUACUAUACGCCGUUUGCUAUCGCUGGAUGUGCUGUGCUUAUCGUUGGCUCGGCGUUGAUCAGUACCUGGACGGCAGAUGUGAGCAAGGCCAAAUGGAUCGGCUAUCAGAUUAUCACAGGAGCAGGCAUGGGCUUGACGCUACAACAGCCCGCCAUCGCCAUCCAAACUGUUCUCCCAGAAAGCGAUAGCCCGAUUGGCCUUUCCAUCCUGAACUUCUUGAUCUUCCUUGGCGGAACAGUAUUUGUCACCGUGUCGCAGACACUACUCGAAGGACAACUCGAGAGCAAAAUUGCCAGGUAUGUUCCUGGGGUUGACAUCAAUACACUUGCGAACAGUGGCGCAACAAAUCUGUGGAAUCUUGUACCUUCCGACAAGGUUGAUUUGGUGUUGAACGCGUAUAACGAUUCGAUGAGGUCUAUCUGGUAUCUUGGCUUGGGCAUGGCAUGUUUUGCUCUCAUUACGUCUUUCGGAUUCGAAUGGAAGAAUGUCAAGGCGGGGAAGAAGGCAACUGGGACAACUACAUCUGCAUAG